AUGAACUCGGCUGACGGCAAGGUCUUCUGCAUUCCCGAUGGUUAUGAAGUGGUGGACAAGUCCUUGGAGGAUAUCAAGUACAACUUGCAUCCCAACUUUGACGAAGAGGAGAUCGAGUUCAUGUCGACUCGGGUGCGAUACUCCAAAGCUCUGGAUGGGACAGACUAUAUCCCUGGCUGCAUUGGUCUCAACAACAUCCAGGACUCUGACUACCAGAAUGUCAUCAUCCAGAUGCUUUGCACAGUGAUCCCGCUGCGCAACUACCUCUUGGGCUACCAGCCCCCCUCGGAGCGGAAGCCGGAUCCAGUGCUGGCCACCAUUGCGCAGCUCUUCCGGAAGAUGUACAAUCCCAGGAACUUCAAAGGGGUGGUGUCACCUCACGAGUUCUAUCAGGCGGUGGGCCGUGUCACUCAAAAGAAGCGUGGUGACUCAGUCAUCCGCGUCACCCACGUCAGCGGGUUCUAUGCAAAGCAGAUGGACCCCGUGGCCUUCUUUAGCUGGCUGGAGGGCCAAGUCGCGGUGUCGAUUUCCCCCACGCUCAUGGGCUAUCUCCACCGGAAGACCAAGGACAAGAAAGGCCACUCGCUGCUCCACGACGUCUUCCAGGGCGAAGUCCAGGUGAAGCUGUGCCCCGCCCACGAAGAGAGCCGGAUCACCGAGUCCAAAGAAAAAACCAUGUUCAUGACGCUGGAAUUGCCGGAUGAACCUCUCUUCAAGGACAAUUUGGACUUCAUUCCGCAGGUGCCACUGUUCAACCUUCUGGAGAAGUUCAAUGGUGAGAAGCCCUUCGAAAAGAUUGCCAAGGGUGGUGAGUCCCGUGAGAUCCGGAGGCACGAGCUCAUGACCUCGAAAUAUACGGUGGAUUUGGUGGAUCGCCACGUGGCUGCGAUUCGCAAGCUUUGCAAAGUCUGCUGCAAUGGCUUUCUGCUGCAGCACCUGGAGCCCUUGGUGGACUUACUCUACCUGGCGGUCGACCGCUUUGCGCAGGGCCAGGAUUUGUUGGCGCAGGCGCUCUGCGACUUCACACGGGUGGCCUCUCAGCCUUUUGUCAGCUGUAAGACCUCGGACAUGAUCACCUAUGGUCAUCAUUUGCCUGCCUUCGUCAAAGGCAUAGUCAGUGUUCUCAGCUACACCUCACCCCCGAGUGACAACCCACCAGCUGAUCCAGAGGCCAAGGCCCAAUGGGAGCACAAAAAGACCAUGUCUGAACGGCUCCGUAUCGAAGUUGCUCAUACCCUGGCAUGCUGGGCACGCUUCGGCUUGGAUGAGGAGAGCGUGGAGCUCUUGCCCAACCAGCCCCUAAUCCAAGCGGUGGCCGAUUCUGGCACCCCGAACCUGCGGAUCCUCCGCCAGUCCAACGUCAUGGACGCGGUCUCGGCCUCCUUCCGCUCGGAGGAUUCGCCGGAGUCCAUUGUCAUCACCUUGGGGGCCAUCCGCGACAUGUCGCUCUACCGCCCCUUGGCGUGUCAGAUCACCAACUGCGGGUUGAUCUCCAACCUGGUUCACGUGAUCCGGGUGAACUUGCUGGGCUCCGACGUGCUGCUGGUGGCUGCAGAGGUGCUGUGGAAUGUCUUGGAGUUAGACUGGGAUGGCGCCACGGAAGCCUUGGGACAGGAAGAGGUCAUUGAAUCCUUCCGGGAUUUCAUGUAUGCAGUGCUCACCAGGGGCUACAGAUUCAAGGACAAAAUCUUUCGCAAUGACAUGAUGGUUUUGCUCAUGUAUAUCUCCAAGCGUGUCGAGAACCGCUCCUUGUUUGCCUCAACGGGUCUCAUGUCGCUGCUGCUGAGCUAUGCCGUGUCCGCGGCACGGCGGAAGGAGCUGCAAGCGAGUGGCAUCUUAGAGGAACAGCAAGAUGCAAAGCUCCUGCCAGACCUUGGGGAUGAUGGGCUCAAGAAGGGUGGCAUCCCAAUUGUUAACACCCAGGAAGACAUGGAGUUCCGAACCUUGAUUUGGGGGACCUUGGCUCGGUGCUGCUCUUCAGAUGAUUGCGCCAGACUAGCCGUGAAAUGCGACCUGGUUCAGUCUUUGUUGGAGUGUCUCAAUCCUGAGCCACCAGUGGAGCAGCAAAAAUGGAGUCAGGAGCAACGGCGCAAGGUGCAGAAGAAGUCCCUGCAUUUGCUGCAGGUGGCCGUUCGCAUGGGUCAGGCCUUUGCCGAGAAGUUGGGCCAGCUGGGAGCCGUCGGGACACUGGUCGAGCUCUUCACUGACAAAGAUAAUCCGAUGACCUCGCGGCAAAUGUGUGAGUGCCCCGCCAACGCGCGGGAGUUCCGAAAGAAGGACGGAGUGGAGGCCAUGCGCGACGAGGUGAUCUAUAGACCUGGCGAUACCACGGACAAUCACUUGUUCUAUAGCCUUUGCGUGGUGGAUUGCAUUUGGAACGCCGUGGUGGGCACCCGGAAGAACGAAAUCCGCUUUCUGGAUGCCGGCGGCUUGUUUGCGCUACUGGAUUGCCUGGAGGUCGCGCCCAUGAUCUUAAAGCGCCAGAUCAUUGGGUGCCUAGCAGACCUCAUGGACUCUCGGGGGGGGCAAAGUGUCCAGAGUAGCCCCAGUGCCAAUCGCACCACCGUGACGAAGGGCUUUGAGAGAGCAUCUGCAACUGCUCAAGAGCAUCAGGGCUCGCGGUGGCUGAAGAAUGAUGGAGGUGAACAAGACAGCCGGGCCAAGAUCUACUCCGUGUUGAAAUGCAUCGGUUUCGAGUGUCAAGAGACUCUGAGCAUUGCAGAGAGGCAGCAGAUGGAAUUGGUGAAGUUGUAUCCCAUGGCCGUGGAGCUUGAAAUGUGGAUCAAGGUCCAGGAAAGCCUGGCCAGUCGCGGCAUCAAGCCCGUGAGCGCCGAUCGGCAGUGGAUCACCGACUCGGUGAGCGAGCGAAAGGAUCAAGCCGCCUGGGUGCAGAGUCUCCAGAGGCAGCUGGCCGCCGAGCGCCAGAGAGAGGAAGAGGCUGGUCUGGAUCGUUUCUACAAGGAUCUCCGGGGCCGGGCCCAGAUCCAACGGGUGACGCCGCCCAACGGCUACCCCGACGAUCCACUGGAGGGCCGCGGGGAUGAGUGGAGCGACGAGUGGUAUAGCUUGCGGCGGCUGCCUCCAUAUGUGAUUUGCGUGGUGAAGCGCUUUAGAAACAACAACUUCUUCGUCGAGAAGAACCCUACCAUCGUCACCUUUCCAUUGAAAGGCCUGGACCUCCGUGAUUACAUCCAUCCAGAUUGCCAGCCGGCCAACCCCGAGACCAAGUACGAUUUGGUGGCAAAUGUUUGCCAUGAUGGAAAGCCGGAGAGAGGAACUUACAAAGUGCAGGUCUUUCAUCAGCCAACCUCGCAGUGGUUUGAGAUUCAUGACUUGCGAGUCACGCCGGUGCUGCCGCAGAUGGUGGCGCUCACGGAGAGUUACAUCCAGGUGUAUCAGCGGCAGGACGUGAAGCCUGAUGGCUCCUUCGGGAAGUUCGACGCGGAGAUCCCAGAGCUCUUGGCGGAGGCGGACCCUGGCGUGGCCGCCGAAAUCGAGAUGGCGCCCGAGGCCCGGCUUUGGAUGAAGAAAGAACUGGGUUGUUAG